GGAAGAACUUCCGGUUUAGCAGUUGUGAAUAUUUUUUUCCCUACCAGUUCGCUUUUAAACAGGAAAACAAUCCAGCUAAAUGGAAUGUAGUGGUUACGCUCAAAGGAGAUCAGAUGCAAGGAAAAAAAGGUAUGAUAUGAUGUAUCGUGGCCUGGGUAAUUUUCUGGAGUUCAUUGUUGAAAAGGAAUUUAUGGACUUAAAGGGAAGUAUUUGAAGGUUCUUCGAGCUCAUAUCGGUGGCUAGUAAUCGCAGCUGAUGAGGACGGUGUUGUAACCUCGCAUUUCAUUUCAAGUACUUUAAUUGCUUUGAAUCCGUUGGUGUCGGUACUUUCAUUUUUCGGAAUAUUUAGCCUUUACAUCGAGGAGGUUGAAAGCCGAUCGCUUCGUAACCAGAGCGUACAAAGAACAUCUGAGCGGCAGUUUAUACCUUUUACGGCGAUGAUUCAAUGUCUGCCCGCGCCCCAUACCACCCCUUCUCCUUCCCCUUCUCUAAGCCUGCGUGUGGACCACUGCUAUUUCUGAAAAGAGAUGAGUUAUGAUGAAGUCUGCAAGCAAGUUACCUUGACUUUGUUGAAGUCCUAAAUGUUAUAACUUUCCUAAAUGUUAUAAAGUCCUAAAUGUAAUAACAUUUGGUUCUAAAUGUUACAAAGUCCUAUAUGUAAUAACAUUUGGUUCUAAACGUACUAAGCCUUCAAUGCAAUCGUCUAACUGCGCUAGUACAUUGUUGUUACUGCGGACAUUCACAUUGAGAUGUUUAAGUAACAGCUGUUGCAUCAAAGAAUCCUCUGACCAAUAUUCAUAGCAUAUUGCGGGCUCGCUGAUAUCAAUCAGCGUCUUUUUAUUUACCUUGGCUCCACUAAACCCUUCCCCCCUCCCCCUCCCACACUCACUCCCAUUCCCCCCAAUAGAGGAAAGGGCUCGAGAUUGAAAUGUCACAGAAAUAAGAGCUGUAAAAUUUUUUUCUCUCUGUUCACCAUCAGCUUGUUGACUUAUGUUAAUAAAAAAUACGUGUCGAUGUCGUAGGUGCGGGGCAACCAACGACAACCGCCGAGGAAGAAUCACAGGGGAAACUUGCGACUUCGUGGCAGUUCCAAAGGAUCUCAUGGGUUUUGUGAUUGAUAUCAAUCAGCGUCUUUUUAUUUACCUUGGCUCCACUAAACCCUUCCCCCCUCCCCCUCCCACACUCACUCCCAUUCCCCCCAAUAGAGGAAAGGGCUCGAGAUUGAAAUGUCACAGAAAUAAGAGCUGUAAAAUUUUUUUCUCUCUGUUCACCAUCAGCUUGUUGACUUAUGUUAAUAAAAAAUACGUGUCGAUGUCGUAGGUGCGGGGCAACCAACGACAACCGCCGAGGAAGAAUCACAGGGGAAACUUGCGACUUCGUGGCAGUUCCAAAGGAUCUCAUGGGUUUUGUGAUUGGCAAGAAGGGAAGUUCGAUAAAGUUAAUAGAGACAGAAUCAGGAUCAAGGAUCACUUCAGGCAGCGAUCAGGGAGGCUUUUCAGUAAGCGGCAAUGAAGAGCAACGCGCUCGCGCAAAGCAACUCAUCCAUCAAAAAAUGGUCAGUAAAUUUAAAAAAUUAAUUACUACAAAGAGGACUAUUGUUUUGAAUAACGCAAUUCAGAUUGUUAUCUUGCAUAGAAAAACAUGACUGCGUUCAACAUGAAACCACCCCUUAACCCCUUAGAAGUGAUUAGCAUCUUAUUUCUCCCUCCAUUAUCACCCCUAUGGCUGAAUGAGAAUAAAGGAAAUGAUCGCCAACUGGAUAAGCUCUUGCUUGUUGAACAAAUUAUCCCCGUCGGUAAAAAUGGAAAAUUAUAGAGAAGAGUAUUGUGAAAGUGCAUAAUUAUGUUAAGAGUGUCAAGGGUUGAGGCCGAAUUCAUGUAUUCAUGUUGAGAUCUCAUUGGCUAUUUUGGCCACUUUGUUCUAUCGCUACCCACAGUAAUUUGGUCAACAGUUUUAGUUUUACCACAUACACUCUUCGAGGCCCAACGUAACAUGCUCUUUUUUAAAAUUUUUAUUCCAAAGGAAGAAGCCCAAACUAAAAGUGGAAGGAAGGGAUAUCCCAGACAACUUGUGAAAAUUCCGAGUGAAUUCGAGAUGCACGUGAAAGGAAAGGGAGGAGACAAUCUUCGUAACAUUUGCACAGUGACUGGGGCACAAGUAUUUCCUCGAGGGAAUAAGCUCUUUGAACUGAAAGGAACAGAGAAAGAAGUAAAGCAUGCUGAGUUACUGAUGAAGGGAAGGGUGGUAUGUACCUAUUAAUCUAUUUCGCACAAGAAAUUGUUACACCUUAGUAACAGAACAACUAUGCAAAUAUGGUUCAUCAGCAAAGCAACAAACAGAAAGACAGGCCCAACGACCAGAAUGUAUCGUAGAUGGAAUCAAAGACGGUCUUCCCCUAGGAAGCACUAUAAUUUCUUGGUUGACUUAAGAGUUUGCUGUAUUAAAAACACGUAGUGAUAAAAGACAAUAGGGAGCUUAAGCACAAACAUCAGUUUUGAGACGCAGACGGGAGCAGGAGGUUAAAAGUUUCCAUUGCUCGUGCACGCCACACCUUUUUGGUCAGCACAAUUUGGUUUUUAAUACUAAAACGACGAUAUAACAGUCAAUACAAUGGCGUCAAAGUGCACUAGAAUAAAUUUUGUUCUUCGGCUUCCGGUUCCCGUCCGCGUCUCAAAGAAAUCUGUGAUUCAGUUUUCUAUUCUCUAUAGCCUGCUAACAAAUGUUGAAGGUUACUCCUGUUGCCCUUGAACUUUUAUUAUGAGAAGAUGUGUGUAAAAACCUUGCUUACACCUGAAGCUCUUGAAUUCCACGGAAAUUGCGUACAACACCUUUAGCCCCAUUUUCUCAGCUUGGUCCUCACUGCGCAUGUCAAAUCAAAUGAUUGAUCUAGCAUUAAGGAACUAGAGCACAAACGAUUUUAGAAGCAAUUUUUUUUUUCCUUUUUCAUGCACAGGUCUCAGCGAGGAUCAAAACAGAUAAGAUUUGCUGUUACGUUGACGACAGGAAUCUACCGAAGGAUUGUGAACUAAAGCUCGUGCCACUUGAAGACGAAGACCGCAUGGUGUUACCAGGAUCACAUUCACAGUAUCGGCUGAAACCGUCGGAGGAAUACGAAUUGGUUUGUUAGUAUUUCUGUUGGUAUUUUUGUCAGGACACGCAUGAAGUACUGCAGAGUGUAUUUCCGAUUCUUUUUGCUUCUUUUUGAAACUGAGCUGAACAUAUUAAGUUCCAAAGAAGACUCAGACACUGUAGUAGCCUAACAAUAAAAAUAUAUCAUCUAACAGUGCAAUAACUUAUGGCGGGAGAUAUUUGAUUCAUUGAUCCACAGUCAUAAAAUUAAUUUCGGAUCGAAGUCAGUAUCGAAGCAAAUGCGUACCUACCCCUCCACUAAUCCAAUAUUAACCCUAACUUGUCACUAGUUGACUGUUGAUGGGUCAAGGGAGGGGUAAGAGCGCAGUUGCUCAGAUGCUGACAUUGAUCCUGAAUUUCUGAGUUUUCAUUAAUUUUUUCCAGUUGAUCGCUAUCUUUUCAGUCUCGUGGAGCAUGUAGUCGAGGCAAAGCAGUUCCAAGCUAUCAAAACGACCUCAUAGCAAAUGCACUUGAGUGUCUAAACAAGAUCAAACGUGGAAUUGAGUCAAACAAAUUUCACGAAGCCGACAUGUGGUGUCACGUUGGGACCGUUAUCAUCCGAGAGCCUGAUGAAGGUGAGAACUAAAUGACAAAACAGAAUAAGUAAGACUUAAUUUAAGUAUCCAUUUUCAUGACAGUAUCAGCUGUGAUCAGUGUACACGUAUAGUAAACCAAGACGCUGUAUGACGAGACACGUGACGUGUUGUAAACGAACCAUAGAGUGCAAUACAUCGAGCGUUCCUCUUGCGACUGACUGCUUAUCCAAACAACCCCUUUCCUCCGUUAACACACAAGUCAGUUUCUCAUUCAGACCCUGACUCAUCCCCAGUCUUCUUUUGAGUUAGAUAAGAGGCCGCAACGUCGCUUGAGUUAGUACCAGUACGACAAAGUGGAGGUUUCCCCUCAUGCACCCCAACGUGCCUCCCUCGUUAUUAAAAGUAGAGAGGCGAUUAGAAACGAGAAAGACAGGCCUAUAGGAAAUUCGUGGGAAGAUCAAUGAAGCAAAGGAAAACAUUGGUCACAAGCUCAGAUUUUUUGGAAAAUUUACCACGCCUCUUUGUUGUCUGUAACUCUUUGUUUUACGUGAUCUUAAGUAACCACUAACGAAAUAUUAACAGCGGAUGUUGGAGAAACCUGGGAUAUUCAGGAGGCGGUUGACAAGCUCAAGAAAAGGGAUUGGCGCCUUGCGUUCAAGGAAGGUGUGCUAAUCAGCAAACACUUGUUACAGGAGACGUUUGGUUCACCAAAGACUGACGAGGAUUACACGUCAAGAUACGAUCUAACUUUCAUUACACCUCAAGGCAGAUCACUAAGAUGCAAGGUAAGUUGACUGGAAGAACGAGUUGUCCCAAGCUGUAUCGGGUACGUUAUGCAAUUUAAUUUUCUGCUCUAAAUGUGGCUCUUCUUUGAUAAACUUGUAAUUUAGAUUGCUUGAACCUUACGGGCGCCUUGACUUGAGGUAAGGUCCACCUCGCAGGUAAGGCGUCACUGGACAACGCAAUGGUCUAACAGAGGCAAAUAAAACUCCCUUAACAAUGGCAGAUUGAAAUUGUUAAGCCACUUGAUGAAAACAGCCCUUCUUGCUCCUGUUAGGUGUGGGUUGCUAACCAAGAUGUGCAAGCAAAACUCGAAGAAAUUCCAAUUCCAUUCAGUGACAUCAAACAUGUUGUGGAAGAACUUCGUUUCGAUGAUGAAUUGACAAGAUCACGAUGUCGAGGAUGGUUGGUUCUGCCAUCGAAAAAAUAUCUCCAGGCCGAUAUAAUUUUUCCCGGCUGCCAAGUCGAUUGCAGACUCAUGAUAAGACCUAAAACAAGUGAGUUUUCUGAUUUCUUUGUCCUCUUGAUGGUUUGUUAAUUCGUUUGGUUAACUAUUCAUCUCGACCGCAAAAGGGACAAUUUAAAGAAACUUUUGACACAGGAAAAGUCGACAAAUGAUAACUACAUUUUUGUCUCCAACCCCAAUAAACAUUUGUUAGAUCAAGAAGGUCACGGGACGGAAGCUGCCUCUUCCGUCCAAUUUCAACGAAUAAGUUUCUCGAUGGAGUGCCAUAAGCUCGAUCCAUUUUUGAAAAAAAAAAAAUUUUUUUAGUUACAGCCAUUGAAUUACAUAACACCGGAGAUGAAGAGGUGCAAGCAAAGGUGUUAGCUGAUUUUCUGUCCAGGAAGUUAACAUUUACAGUACCUGAUGGAUUGCAUGUGCCUAAAGAAGAGCUACCGGCGGGAUUUUUAUUCAACCAUAUGCGCUGCUCCCGUCGAACAUUGUAUGAACCACGGGAGGGGUUCACUUUGAUCAUUUCUGAAGAAAGCACUUGGUGUAGUGACGUCAGAGGGGAACAGAACAGAGAAACAGUAAGAACUAGUUAUAGAAAUAUUCCUUGCUUGAUGUUCAAUAUUGUCAUAAGGAAACCAUAGGGUCGAAAUCGCCAAUGCUCAGAGCCCGGAAUGCAUUGAUGUUUCUGUUCCUCGGGAACAUCAAGUGGCCCCUUUUCCCAUAAACCCUUUCACUCCCAAGGUCUCAUUAGUAAUCAUCCUCAGGGACCGGUCAUUCUUCAUCGCUUGAAAGGGGGGGGGUUGGGAGAUUUUGGUUUAGCCGCAAGAAAACUUGCCUGUUUUCCCAUAAUACUCUGUAAUAUUCUUCUGAUCGUCCUCCUCGGCCGUUAUAAGCGAUCAAUUCUCUAUAGUCCCCUUUCUAUACUUUGUUGAAAAAUCAUGUGAAACCUCUCCCACAAAAAAUCCACUAACUCCUCCCCCCCCCUCUUAACCAGGCGAUAAACAAUGGCUAGUCCCUUACUGUUAUACAAUUCUUAAAAUCUUAAAAUCCUCUAAUUGAUAUUUUCUUUAUUCUCAUCGCUUGUCUGCAUGAUAUUGUAUAGAUUUUGUGAGGUGAAAUUCUGUCUUGGUCACUUAUGGGAGUUAACUCUUUAACUCCCAUGAGUGACCAAGAGAACUUAUCCUCACAACAUCAGUACAGUAUCAAGCAGAGAAAAGUGAUGAGAAUAAAGCAGAAUAUAGUUUAGGGGACCUUAAGUUGAUCUAAUACUUAAUUCUUCCAAGUAAUAUCAAAAGAUUGUAUGGCAAAUAGUAAGAAGAAUUACUAGUUAGAUCGUGGGAGUGAAAGGGUUCAAGGGUUAAACAUAUUCAAAUCCAAGAAGUGUCCAUUUCUGCUUAACAAUGAUGACUUAGAAUUAAGAAUUUCCUUGAGUAGUUGUAAGAUAUUUUGAUACGCUUUUGUCGUUUCACGUAUUUGCUUGCUUUUAGACUGAUCUCCACCUUGGCCGGGAAGAGUGGGACCGAGCUCUCAGUGGUAAAGAUUGGGAACCGGAAAUGAUCACCUCCAAACUGCCCGAGUUUCUCCAGUUUGUCUAUCAGGUUCAAGAUUUUCUAACAACGAGUAACUGCAAUAGCAGAGGAUGAGCUUUGGGAAAGGUGUAAGAACUUCCAGCCUUAAGAGCUCUAAAGUUCUCUUUCAGCUCAGUUAUAUGCUACUUUCUAUAUCAACUUUUUAAAGGAGAAAAAAAGUACGGAUAAAUGACAAGUCUUGGUUAUGCUCACGGUGGAGCAGAAGAAGUUUUAACCUUAGUUAAACGAUUUUUUAUCGAGCGAAUCCAGUCAUGAAACUUCGAGAGCAAAUCAUUCCAUAACUUUUUGCCCGCGGGACGGCGUUCAUUGUGUCCAUC